AUGAGUGACAUCAAACCCCUUACCGUCUGGAUCCACGGUCAAGGACCGAACCCAUUCAAGGUCCUCAUUACUCUGGAAGAACUACGAGUCCCCUACAAAACAAUCACCAUUGAGAACCCCAAGGAGGAAUCCUUCCUCAAGAUCAACCCCAACGGCCGCCUACCCGCCAUCCAGGACCCCAAUGCCAAUGACAUGAUUCUCUGGGAGUCUGGUGCCAUUGUCGAAUACAUUGUGGAGAAUUACGACGAGGAGAAGAAAUUAACCUUCACCAAGGGCCCCGAGAAAUGGUACCUCAAGCAGUAUCUGCACUUUCAAAUGUCUGGACAGGGGCCAUACUUUGGCCAGCACUUUUGGUUCCGCAAGUUUCACCCAGAGGACCUCCCCAGCGCCAAGAAGCGGUAUGACGAGCAGACCCUGCGCGUCUUGCAAGUUUUGGACAGUAUCCUCGAGGGGAAGGAGUACCUUGUUGGCAACAGAUUUACGUACGCCGAUCUGGUUUUCAUCCCCUGGGAUCGUGUGGUGGAGGGCUUUUCCAAGGACUUGUUGGCAGAGUCGGAAGCCGAAAAGAAGUACCCCAACUUUUUCGCUUGGCACAAGCGUUUGGUCGCUCGGCCUGCCGUCAGGAAGGUAUAUGGUUUGUAG